GUAGUAGUUCUCGAUUGGGGCCGUAGAGAGGCGCAGCUACUAUUCAUGCGCUUUGAUGCAUCUUAAGGCGAGCGAGCUGCAGUUAAGGAGUAUGACUCGAGCAGCAAAGAGUACCAGACACGUUGCUUCAGUUCCCAGCGUACCCGUGUCACUGACUCUUUCUUCUCUCGCGACUCAGUCCCCAUAGCUUGCUGCUGAUGCUUCAUACCUGCCAUGAGCGCGCUGAACAUCCAGAAUUGAAAGGGACGAUGUUGCAAUCGUCAGAAGAAAGCAGCAAUCGCUUCGACCUUAAAACCUGGCCAACAAGAUUCGGCGGAUUCGCCGAAACAUUCCACUAUAUAUGGUAGUUGAUAGCCAUCUCUUCCUCACCUGUAUGUUGUGAAGGUUGAUGACCCGGGCAGCGGACUUAUGACGCUCUACCUAUGUCUAGAUGGAGGAGGUACUAAGACGACUGCUGUCAUAGCGUUUGUCAGUAAUUCGAGUACACCGUCGAGCUUUGUCCGCGGCGAAGCCGGUCCGUCCAAUCUAACGCAGAAUGGACCUGAGAUCUGCAUGGCAGCUCUGACGUUGGCGACUGCAUCAGCUCUUUCGAGACUCGCCUCUCCUCCAGCUUUCCCUCCUACAGCUUCCUCCGCCUCAUCAUCAGAUGUUCAGAAACGACCUGUCUUUCGUCGAAUCUGGGCCGGAAUAGCAGGAUGUGCCCGACCACCAGACUAUGCGCUUCUUCGACCUCUACUGCAGAACUUAUUCCCAGGCUCCGAUGUUCGCCUGACAGGGGAUGGAGAGCUGUUGACGGCUCCUAUAUAUUCUACACCUCAUUUGGAUUUAGUGACAUUGAUAUCCGGCACCGGAUCCCUAGCCCUUCGCUGGCAUAGAUCUAGCACGUCAGAACGAGUCGCACAAGUCUCUAGGGAAGGGGGAUGGGGAUUUUUACUUGGUGAUGAGGGGAGCGGUUGGAGUUUAGGCAGAGAAGGCAUCAAAUCCGUCCUGACUGCUAUGGCGAAUCAUCGAGACCUCUUACCCUGGCACCGGGACAUCCUGCGUCGAUUCAAUGUCGAGGGUGAACCGCAUCGACUGCUAGCUUCAUUGACGACUUUGGAUCCGACGUUACCCGUGGCGGAGGCAGAUUCAGAGCGGAAGAAGAGGAUAGCCGCAUGUACGAAACAUGUCGUCCUGGCCGCUCAAGAGGGCGAUGAGGAGGCUUCCAAAGCAGUGAAGCGAGUCGCUCUGGAGGUCGUCGAACUGUUGCGUCCUCUAGUUGAGACAACAAAGAGUAAAGAUGAGCUGGAGGAGACUAUCUUGGUCGUCGGCGGAGGUCUCGGCGGUGUCGAUCUGUUUUGGGAUCAAGUGGCAUUAGGAAUGAAGAACAGAGGAUGGAGGUGGGCCAGCAUUGAACGGAUCAGUGAUGCUGCUUUGGAGGGCGUCAAGGUGAUCAUGGAUGAUCGGACUUGGAUUGGAGACUGAAGUGUACCAUGAUUGUAUCAAUUCAUCCAUUGCAUUGCAUCGCCUGUCCAGCCUAGG